AUGAUACAACAAGGCAUGGAGACGCAAGUGCUUGAAGGGUAAGUUUUUCGAUGUAAAAUACGCAAUCUAUUAAUAUUAAUUUUUUAAAUUUUUUAAAUUAGACCUAAAAAGGGGCCAAAGCUAAUUUAAAAAGGGUCAAGCUGGGUUGACACAUGUGGGCCCGUAAGUUUGACGUAAAAAGAGCUCACUAGGCCCAGCCUAAGGUUUAAAACAAAGUUAAAUAGACCGGGCUGGCUUAUGUGGGCCUCAAAAGCAAGACUCAAACUAAGACCCUAAAGGCAGUUUGGUCCCGCAACAAAAGAUUUGACUUACGAAAAGCGUAAAACGAAUCCGAGUUAAAAGCUACUUACUUAUUUGGGCAGAUAAUAUUAGGUUGUUUAAAUAAUUCCAUGCCUCCUCUCAAAGCACAUUUUCCGAGUUAAAGGGCACAAAAUUAUUUGAACAACCUAAUAGUUUAAGAAAAGUUAUUUUUAGCAAAGCAAUCAGGUCUUUUCGAAUAUAAAUUCAAAUUUUAUAUUUAAAAGUUGAAAAGAUUGUUUUAUAACCUGCCAUUUUCAGAGUAAGCAGUACUCGUCAUCGACUUGAGUCAUGUAUCCAAGAUAUUCAACAACUCGACGCCUUGAGGCUGAAGCACAAGCUUUUGAUUGAAGUAAGUAGGCCUUCAUAGUCAAUAUCUAAUGCUAAUUGAAGAUAAAGUAGACCUUAGACAAUAAGUUUUGUGUAUUGUAGUAUGUGUAAUGUUCUUGUAUUAAUAUGUAUUUGUAGUGUCUUUAUAGACCGUAAUAUACAUAAUGCAAAAUACGUUUUCACCAGAGGCUACAUUAGAAUGUUCAAAUAAUGCUGUGCCCUUUCUCAAAACUCAUUUUUGAGAACAAAGAUCUAUAAUUACAGAGUGCUCAAAAAGUUCUGUUACAAAUGUAUUUGAACAAUUUUUUACUUGGGUACCUUAAUGUAAAAUGUAUUUGAAAAACCUAAUAUUACAGUAUAUGAUUUUUAGCAAUUACGACGCGACUACCCGAGUAUGAAGUCGUUUGUAGAAAGUCUGGGAGACUCAACUGAUUCAGAAGGUCAUAGUCCACGCUCAACCGAAUCUCAACGGACUUCUGGCAGUUGUGACAGUGGCUUUGCUCAAAAUACGUAUGUUUUCUUAAAGAAUACUCUCUUUUCUUAUUAUAAUAUAUAUUUUACUGUAUAUCUUCAGCCAUGAGAAGCUUACCACAGUAGGGUCUUCUUAAGAAGUACCCUACAUAGCAGCUACUAGGUUGUUCAAAUACUUCCGGCCCCCCUAAACCCGAAAACUUGCUUUCAAAAAAGACGGGUACAGAAUUAUUUGAACAACCUAUAUUAUAUGUUUGAAAGCAAAAACUUCUUAGAUAAGCUUUUUUAGCUGUAUAUAGGUUAAUAUACUAGCCGCUUGCCUAUUACAACAUGACCUUUUUCAGUGACAACAUCCUGACCUACAGUAAUUUCCGCAAGCUCUCCUUGGAAGAACGUCGUGAUGCCAGAAAGAACGUUUUAAACUCGGGCCACCUAGUCGAGAAUACUUUGAAGAAUCUGACGACGCAAUUCAAUCCAGUACUACCUAAACCAUCGUGGACGAUGAGAUCAAAAGGGCCGUUGGACUCGGCCAAUCGACCACAAAGCUGUUUCGGUAAGAUGGAGAAUGAAAAUGGCAGUAGUCGACCGUCGAGUUUGAUUGUGACUUCGAAACGCGGCUCGCGGAUUCUGGAUUCUUUUGCUCAGUUAACGCCGCCACCAGUUACACGGAAGUUCGCUACCGUACAACCACCGGUUGGGGGUGAUGGUAGUGCUAGAGGUCAUGGCAAGGUUAGGCAUAGUGACGUUAAAGGUUAUGGUACUGAUAGAAACGAUGGCACAGUUAAGCAUGGUGAUGUUAAGAGUACUGGAAGUGUUAGAAGAAAAGAUGGUGAAGUUGGUACUAGUGGUACUGGUGGUACAUUUAAAAAUUAUAGUACUCUUGAUACCAAAAGUUCGAAUCAAACUUAUAAUAAGGUUGGUACUAUUAGAAAUGAUGAAGCUGGAGCAGUUAGUACUAACAGUACAAGUAUCGCCAAUAUCCAUACCAAGCCUUAUAGUGCAGUUAAAGCCUAUGGUACAAAUAGAAGUCAUGAUAUAGUAAAAAAUGAUAGUACGGCCAAGGCUGAUAGUACAGUGAACCCCAAUAGUCGAGUCAGAGACACGUAUCAGAGUAUGACUAAUGGUACUAUUAGUACUGCCAGGAUUAAUGGUACCAUACAAGCUGAUGGUCCUCCAAAGAUCAUGGUCAAAUCAAGCCCACAGAAACGAGAAUCCAUCAUUCAGCACUGCCCAGAGACCCUAAUGUCAAGUAGAAACGUUCAGAAGGCUGAACUUUGUAAUCCUUCCCAGUCCAAUACCCACAACAACAUCGUAUCUAGUACUAACAACACUAUGGUCGAUAACAUAAGCAGUCCUAGUACUGAUCUACCUAAAACCCCCUUCUCUACCUCACCAACCUCCGCCUUCCACAAUGUUUCGACCAAUCUAAGCUCCAGAACGGCCAAUAACAACACACCGUGCCUUCAGAAGGGCAUCAAGAAGACCUCAUCGUUUGAGAUUCCUACUGUAACACAGACUGUGGCACCGUUUAAUUGGAAGAAUGCAUCGAUGGUCGAUGAGAUUUACAGAAAACCGUCGAUGGAAGACGAGUUGGAGAGAGUAAAUUCAUCGUAUCUUCCACAUACUGAGUAUAAUAGAUAUGGUAAUUCAUCUACAUUGCAUAAAAGCUACCGUAAACCACCUACGGUGACUAGUAGUUACUGUAACCUACCUACAGUACAAAAUAAUCACAGUAGUCAAACUACAGGACACAAUAACUACAGUAGUCACCCUACAGUACAAAACAGUUACAGUAUUUCAACUACAGCUCUAAAUAGUUUCAAUAGCCAAUCUACAGCUCCAAAUAGUUACAGUAAUCAACCUGUAGUACCAAAUUCUUACAGUAAUCAGCCAACACUAUCAAAUUCUUACAGUAAUCGCUCAUACACGCUAAGAAACGACAAAUCUUCACAUACCGUGAAGAGCUAUACCAAACACCCAAUUCGGACUUCAGCUUACGAGCUAGAAGAGCAUGAUUACUGUGGUAGUAACUAUAAUAUGACCCAAAAUGAAAGCAGAAAGACCUCAGAAAGCCAUGUUAAUCAACUGGAACAGUAAGUUAAUAUAACUUUUUGUAAUUUACUGUAGCUAUUAAAUUGUUCAAUUAAUUAUGUGCCCCUCUCAAAGAACAUUUUUAAAAAAAGAGAGCACAGAAUUAUUUGAACAACCUAAAAAUUUUUAAUAUCUUACCCUUUUCAAUAUAUUAAGCUGUUCACAUAAUUCUGUGCCCCUACCAAAACAAUUUUUAGGUUAAGCACAAAAUUAUUUGAACAACCUAAUAUAAUUUUCAAAAACUCAAAUUUCGUAAGCAAAAAAUUUUUAAAAAAUUUAAAAUAAUUUUUAGCCGCUGGCAGAAGAGUGUAGCAUCAGAAGCGCCAACAAUUCAAAAAUGUGAGCCAAAGCCGGCUGCCAGAUCUAGAUUAACUCCACUGCCAAAACUUCAAAAUGCUACACUAACAGCUGCCAGUAACUCAGCAUCUAAGUUCACUUCUUCUUGUUCUAUUGCCAUCAGGUAGGUUUCUAGCAUUUUAUUUAAAAGCGUACUAAACUGCAUAUCAGAACAAACUUUUUCUCAAAAACAACUAUAAUAUUUACUUCGAUAUAUAAUUACCAUCAGCAUUCGCACAAUCAUUUUAACGUUUUUCACGCUUUCUGAUGCCAGUAACGUAAAAUUCAGAACUAUGGAAAUAGCUCAUUAUUUUUUGAACAAAAUGAUAUAAAAAAUUUAUAAAUUUUCAAUGUUUUCUUGAUGGGACCAUAUUCAUAAAUAUUUUAGGUAUGAAAACCAUAUUAUACAUUUCGUAUUUUACAUCUUCAAACCCAAUUUAUAAUAAAAAAAUCGUUUCAGUGUGCCAUCGAAGAACCCAAAUCGACCGGUAAUUCGCGUUCGCCGACCCAAAGAAUGGCAUGAAUCUGACUUGUGA